UCGUGAAGCCGUGUCGCCUGCUGUCCCCUGCAGAGACACGUUUUUUCCUUUCUCCGACCCGUCCCUUUUCCUUCCUCCUCCUUCCUCUCCUCCUCCUCCACCCCCCCCCUACCGCUCCGUUGGCGUGAGAACCAGCCAGCGUUUAAGAGACCGUGAGCGAUGGCCGUUUCAGCUCCCACCCCGAAGCUGGAUCGCUACAUUGUUAUCCACGUCGCGACCACUUGCGACGAACAUGGAGUCUACGUCACCAAGGACUCGGCGGAGGUGAUUGAGCUGGGGUGGAUCUUGCUGGAUACUAAAACCUGCGAAGAGUUGCACCAUGAGAGCGUCCUCGUCAAGCCCGUCAACACCCCGAUCACGCCUCUUUGCACGAGCCUGACGACUCUGACAUGGGAACACGUCCGCUCGGCAGGCACUUUCCGCGAUGCCAUCAAUCGGUUCGACGCUUUCGCCCAGGAGCACCUUAUCAGCAAAAACCUGGAGUUCGCCUUCGUGACGCUGGAUUCAUGGGAUCUUCGUGUGCAGCUGCCUCGUGAGGCUCGAGACAAGGCCGUGGUGCUUCCUGCAUACCUCCAGCACUCCCGGACAUUCGACCUCCGCACCGAAUAUCAGCGCUGGCAGACUCACCACCCGGAGUCGCUGCCCUUCGGACCUAGCUCUCUCUCCAACAUCUGUGCCGCUCUCGAAGUCGAGCCCGUCCAGUCCUCCGCCCCUAUCAAGCACAACCUUCCCUUCCACCUGCAGGCUCUGGCCCCCGCAUCUCCCCGCCGGGCCAUGGAGGAGGCCAUCACACUGGCUAGGGUGCUGCGCGGCUUGAUUCGGAAGUCUCAGCCCCCCCAUGAGCACCCCGAGAUCUUAACCCGGCCCAUGGAUGCCCGGGCUGACGUUCGUGCCUUCCUGACCGAGCGCAGCAAGGUUCUUCAUUUGAGCGGGCUUCCCCAUGAUACCACGCAGUCGGAGUUGGAGAGCUGGUUCACUCAGUUCGGUGGCCGCCCGAUCGCCUUUUGGACCCUCCGUACUCCCGACCAACACAAGCCUACUGGCACCGGCUUCGCGGUUUUCUCGUCCCAUGAAGAGGCUGCCGAGAGUCUCUGCAUGAAUGGUCGUGCCCUCAACGAAAAGGCUAUCGAGGUCUCUCCUUCGUCCAGCCGUGUCCUUGACCGUGCCGCUGAGAUCCUCACACCAUUCCCCCCCUCGAAGAACCGUCCCCGCCCUGGUGACUGGACUUGCCCCUCGUGUGGAUUCUCUAAUUUCCAGCGCCGCACGGCAUGCUUCCGUUGCUCGUUCCCCGCUAUGGCAGCUGCCCCUGACCCGAUGGGAUACGGGGCCUACGGCUACGGCCCCCCGUCGAUGAUGCCUCCUCACAUGGGUCACGGCCACGGAAUGGGCCAUUCCCGGGGCAUGGGAGGCAACGGUGGUGUGGUGCCCUUCCGUGCUGGUGACUGGAAAUGUGGCUCCGAGGGCUGCGGCUACCACAACUUCGCCAAGAACAUCAACUGCCUGCGUUGCGGUGCUCCUCGGUCUGGGGCGGCAGUCGUCGCUGACUCGGCCUUCCCGUCUCCCAUGGACCCUCCCUCGAGCUUCGGCAUGGGUCCCAACUCCAUGAGUAGCACCCCAGCACCCGGACCCUUUACGGCUUCGACUGGCAGCUUUGGCGGCUUUAGCCAGCAGUUCGCCGCGCCUCCCAACAACUACGCUUUGCCUUCCGGCUUGGGCAGUGCCCCGGCCGCCUAUCCCCCCAUGGGUCAGAUGAACGCUGGUUAUGGCUCCGCGAACGCUUCUCACUCCGCGGCCUCGUUCGCCAACCCGGCCGCUCAGGCUGCCUUUACGGGUGCCGAUCACACUUCGUCCACCAGCGCUUCUAACGGCGCCUUCUACGGCAACGACGGAUCGAGCGACCCCUUUGCCUUUCUCUCCACGGGCUUGGGAGGCCUGACGGUGGGAGAGGACGCCCACUCUCGCCGCAACGGUGCGGGUGCUAACAAGUCCCCGGCGUAAAGGCCGUGGAAGCCAAAGCUU